AUGGCUGAGUCCGGAUUGCUAGAACAGUCCGGUAAUUGUAAUACACAACACAAUGCGAUCAGAUUGCACCUGGCCACAGUACGAUGUGACCAAUUGGACAACUGUCCGUUGUACGCAACCAAUAAAAAGAAAACACCGGAAUACCUCCCCCCCCGGGCGGGGACGGAAAUUCAACCGAAAUUCGAAUGGGCAUGGGGAUUCCAUCCCCGUCCAAGCUUCUCAUACAGUCACACCGAUGAGUCGCAACUGAUCGAUCAGUGGCAACGAGAACUCGUAACCAAUCCGGAUUUGCAAAUUUCCGAAUUGCCCGGACAAUUCUCUCACAGUGUGGUUUUCACGACCCGAAGCAGUCAAGACUCCAAAUUAAGCCAAAAUAUCGAUGUUUCUGCGUCACAUCUGCACACUACGGUGUUAAGUAAAUUGGAUAAAGAUACCACGCAAUCCAAUUCUUGGUUUUUAUCGCCAACAGCCAUUUUCCGUUCCAUAUGGACUCGAUGUAGCUCGACGAGUACCAACUCGAAGUGUCCGUCCAGUUCCAGUGGUGCCAGCGGCCCGUUCUCCGUCGGCCGAGCUCCGUUUUCCACUGGAUUAACCGCUCCCCAAAAUGCAUCCAACAGUUCGGCAUCGUCUCCAUGGCGUCGUCGUGUUGGCCCAGGUGGAUCAGUAACCAACUCGCAACACUCACCCAAAUCGUCUGGAUAUAUGACCAGUUCCGUUAUACAGUCGGUCCCAUCACAGUCUCAGCAACAAUCGCAGCAGCAACAACAUCACCACCACCAUUCGGGCACUCGGCGUGGUCAAUCCUGGUUCCGAUUAAGUGAACGAAAGUGGGCUUGUCUUCUUCUUUGUCUGUUUGCCAUAGCUACUCUCCUAGUUGCAUUCAGUUUGCAACAUGUACUGACCGUACAACCAAGUCCAUCCUCCACGAUCACUGUUGAAGAAGUUCGUUCGUCCACAGAUCGGCUGCGCGCCUCGAGCAAUACCUAA